AUGCCAAUAUUCGUACUGCAUCCAUUGGAGAUAAAUUGCUCCAUCCGCUCCUUUUCCGAAUCUCAUACGAAUGAGAAAGCUCCUGAUAAGAGACUGGAAUAUUUAGGUGUUGUAUACAAUGCGAACAAUGUGAAGAAGUAUAGCGCUGAAUUAGAAAUUGAUCAUCAUGUUGUUAGUGGUGGAGAUUUCUGGACAGCACGUGAUGCAGCAAAAGCAUACGAUGAACUUGUGACUCUGUAUUGUGAUUUGAAUACACCUCGUAAUUUUCCUGAUGGAGACGUCAAUGUGGAUUCUACACCGGACAUAAGUGAAGAGAUUGAAUGGCAAGCACCAGAGACGGGAAAUCGUCAUGCUGAGCUUAUUCCACCCAUUCCACAGACUUAUUUGACCAUUACUGAGGUGAAAGAAGCUCUAAAACGAGAAAAAGCCAUUGACGUGUAUAUUGUAGACUUGGCCGGUAAAAGCAGUUUAGCAGACUAUAUGGUGUUUGCAACGGGUCGAUCACAGGCACAUAUGAGACGGAUGGCUGAUUUACUGAUAAAAUCAAUGAAGGUGAGAGAUAUUGUGGAUGAUUUCGACUAUGGUGUUGAAGGCCGCGAUUGUGACGACUGGAUGAUUGCUGACUGCAAUAAUAUUGUGGUGCAUUUGAUGCGUGCGGAUACCCGUCGUAUAUUGGCAUUAGAAGAUCAUUGGGAGAACAUGGUGAAUAAUAAACACAGUGUGUAUGGGGAUAUGAACGAGGACGAGUACAUGGAUAAAUUCGGCACAAGCGAGCUGAUGGAAUAUCUCAAGGAUGAGGACCAUCCCCAUGUUGAUGAUGACGGCGAAGGAUCGGGUGUUGAGUGGAAGUAA